GUGAGAGAGUGAACCAAGUUUCCAGCGACUGAGCCAUCACGGCGUAAAAACUUCUUUUUUUGAAAUGAACUCGCUUGGCGGCGGCGGACGGGGUUUAUGCGGAGAUAGAGAGCCGUGAUAGCGGGUUCGGGGGCCCGGUCCGGCCCGGUGCUCAAGCCGAAUAUGGGUCAGACCGCCGUGUCUGCCGUGUCUCAGACUGCAAGCGUUGAGGGACUGGAGAAAUCAACAUCUGUGGCCAGCUGCGACGUGGCGGUGGACAGCUCUGCCAAUGCCCAGAAUGCCCAUGCAUCACGGCAGCAGCGAGGCAAGCUGUCAACCCUGGGCAAACUUUUCAAACCCUGGAAGUGGAGGAAGAAGAAGACCAGCGACAAGUUCCAGGAUCUUUCAAAAGUUCUAGAGAGAAAAAUCUCCACUAGACAAACAAGGGAGGAGCUCAUCAAGAAAGGAGUUCUCAUCCCAGACCAAGAUGAACCAGUCAUCAGUGAAAAUCUGAACGGCCAUGCCACAUCCAGUUUGACGCCAGAGGAAGUCAAAGUCGACAUUGAGUCUCAAGAAACACUGCGGGAGGAACAGGCCACUGGGCCGGUCAGAACUGAGGAGAAACCAGAAAGGUCUGAUACUAAACCUAACACCCGGGCAAAUCAGGUGCGACCUCGAGAGACUCAAGCUAAAAAACAGCCAAGCGCCACUCCGCCCGCAUCAUCCAAACCUGCCGGUGGCACCGCAGCCACGGCAAAGCACAAGGAUGGUGCCUCUGGGGCUAAAAAGACAACUAAAACCACUGUCAAGAAUGGGUCGUCCACACAGGCUAAAGCUAACCCCCCACGGAACACUAACACGACUGGUCGCGGGACUGCCAAGUCCUCUCAUCCAAAGAAGACGGGAUGCACAACAAAAAGCACCACCACCUCCACCUCCGCACCUCGUUCUCGUGCGUCAAAGGACACUGGCUCUGCAGCACAGAAUGAAAGGACAGAUGCAAAGGCCAACCGGAAAUCAGACACUCCGACUUCAUCAUCUGUACUUCAAAAAGCCUCUGCAGAGACUCUUAACCCACCUGGAGACUUAAAAUCUUCUCCCCUUUCCUCAGACACCAAAAUUAUUUCAUCUAAAGUCUCAAGCAAUGACACAGGGGGAGUUCAGGGGGACUCUGUCCAAGAUCCUAAAUCUUCACCUGACGCAUCGCGUGCAGGUGAAGAUACCCAUAAAGGUGCGGUUCCUGGAACCACAAGCCAGUCUUCUCAUGUCAACACUGCUACAGAAAACACAUCAUUCGCAGAUGGAGAGGCACGCGGCAGCUCACAGAGCGGUAAACAGGAGAGGACAAAAGAGGAGGGAGGAGGAGGUGGAACGAAGAAAGGAGAAACAGAGAAUGUUGUUGAAAAUAGCCGGAGGUCAGCAGAGGAUGAAGCAGAAAAGCCGCAGCGACCCAGGGUAAAAACAGAGCAGGCCGAGGUGACCGUGAUACGCGAUAGGCCGAGAGACAGCCAAACUAGUGACUCUGAUUCUGACGGACCAAUCCUGUAUCGGGAUGAGGAGGAAGAAGAGGAGGAGGAAGACGAGGACUCAAACAACUCUCUUGCCAGCAAGAUCCGCCGACGAGACACCUUGAACAUUAAACUGGGGAACCGACCCAGCAAGAAAGAGCUGGAAGAGAAAAACAUUCUGCCACGGAGUUCAGAGACGGAGAGGCACGAGCUACGCCAGCAGAUAGGCAGCAAAUUAGUCAGACGCCUGAGCCAAAGACCAACCACAGAGGAGCUGGAGCAGAGAAACAUUCUCAAGCAAAAGAAUGAAGCAGAGGAGCAAGAAGCCAAGCAAGAGAUUAAAAGGAGGCUCACGAGAAAGCUGAGCGUGAGGCCGACAGUGGCAGAGCUCGUUGCUAGGAGGAUUCUUCGUUUUAAUGAAUAUGUGGAGGUAACGGACGCCAAGGAUUAUGACAGACGAGCUGACAAACCCUGGACACGGCUUACUCCUGCUGACAAGGCUGCUAUCCGUAAGGAGCUGAAUGAGUUUAAAAGCCGAGAGAUGGAGGUUCAUGAAGACAGCAAACAGUUCACCAGAUUUCAUCGGCCCUAAGUCUCCUCAAUGCCCCGUCGACGUCAGCGUCACGAGCUCUCUGGUCCACAUCUCCCAGCAGGCUCAGCUCAGUCCACUUCACUCUGGAACUCAGUCGACCUUUUUCACAGCGGACUUUUUGUCUUGUCGCAGCAGGAAAAGCACAGGUGUACUUUACAAAAUUUAAACGUGGCUGUGUUUCGUUCGGGUUAACCAGUUCCAAAACCUUGGAUGUGCGCUCAUACUUUAGAAGAGCGAUUGAUAGGAAGGUGACACUCUUAUUGAAGGUUGAUUCACCUGCAUUUUUCCUACUGAACCACAUCGGAAUAUCUUAUGUAAAAAAGCUCUGUUGCCCCCGAUGAAACUUUUAAGUCUAUCAUAACAUCUGUGUGUGUUUCAUGGCACCCAUAAAACAUUUGCACAUAUCCAAUGUCAGGAUAGUGGCGUGUAUUGUGCUCAGAUUAGAUUUAUUUAUUGCAGAGUAUCAGAACCAGCUGGUACACAAAAUAUUAUGUGUAUUUCUUUUUUUCUUUUUUUUUUGUAUGUUUUUGGUCAGCCCUGUAGUAGUGAAUGUGAGUGUACUGUAGAGUUUGUGUCCUUGCCAGGGUAUGCCUUGUCAACUGACAAAUGGCCAAAUAUGGGCAACUUCCUAGAACAGGAAGUGGGGUUGAUUGGAUAGUUUCAUGCUGAUGUCAGUGCCUAUGUCACAGAUCACAGGAGAGGAGAGGCAGUUUCCUCUGCUCAGAUGUUCCCCUCAGAGAUGAAUCAGAAAUACUGCAGUUCAUUUUUUUUAAAUCAUGCUUUAAGUUCUGCCACUAGAGGUCACUGUAUCCUAAGAGUUACAGAAGACGAUGGUGCACAUAGCUGAAGAAUAACCGCAAGUGUUAUAUUUAAAACUGCUAAAGUUGAGGGAGCCACCUGAGGCUUUAAUAUUGAAGUGCAAAUCCCAUUCUGGCCACUUCUAAUCCCUCAGCAUACUUUCCUGAUGAUACAUGAUGAUAACAUAUUAUCAUGUAUUCUCUGCUGGGUUAUGGACCUCUAAUCACAAAGUGCUGGGCUAGCUGUUUAGACGAUGUACUUAUUGUUUUCUUACUAGUUCUAUUACAGGCCUUUGGCUGGGGUGCUUAACUUGGCUCUUUAUUUGGUGCCAAAGAUAAAGCAGGAACCUGAUCGUAUGUAGGUGUUCUAAAUUGGAACGCUUACAGGUUUCAUUUUGUUGGGUGGACUACGUAGAGAACAGGCACUGAGAGGUUCAGCACUAGUAAUGAACUGCCCUCUUCUUUCAGAGAGUGAAAGAGUGCUUUCAUUUUCAUUUUCUUGAACAUGCUUUUGCAAUUUAGUCAAGUGACUUUAUUUUUAGAACACAUUUAAAAAGAAGAAAUGUUGACAUGAGUGCUUUGUGACUCUUGUGAUUAUAUCUUUACAUUUACAUUUUUUUUAACCACGAAUCAGAUUUAUUUGAUGGAUUUGUUCCACUUUUUGGAAAGUUAAUCUCCAGCCAUGUUAAUUAUUUCAAUAACAAAUUAUCAUUUUAGAUCAUUUUACAGUUUUGGUCAAUCAUUGGGAAAAUGUUUCAACUUUCAUGUGGUUGAAUAGAUGCCACAUUUAACGGAGUCACGAGGAUUUCCUUUGUUUAAAUGUGGAGCUAUGAAGCAUCUAGUGUGUGGAUUUGUGAUUUUUUUUUUUUAGCAAUCUGGCUCGGUUCGUUUGGUAACUAUUGGAUUUUGGGGGAUUUGUGGAUUUGCUGCCUUUAAGUGCACUGCCAGAUACUUGAGAUGCAUGUUUCGGAAAAAUGUAGAGGAUCCAUUAAAAGUGUUUUCUUUCUCCGAGAAUGCCAGAAUGUUUGUCUGAGCUUUAGUAAUAUUUUUGUCCCAUGCCUACUCGACAAGAGCGGAGAUGUUGGCUGUCGAGUGAUUGACAGAUAGAGCUUGCUGACCUCCAAAAGCCCGUGUUCUCAUAAUAGAGCCCCAACCUCCACAAACACUCGUCAUUCUUCCAAAUAGUAACUGAAAAGGGCAGAUUGAUUGUUUCCGCUUCUGACUGUGCGGGGGUUGCAAAGUGAAAAGAUGUAUAGCAAUGAAAAAGAAGCAACAGUAUUCAUGUUGAUGCCUAAGUUGCUCUUCAUAUAUAUAUAUAUAUAUAUAUAUGAAUAUACAUAUAUGUGUGUGUAUUGUACAGAAUGUAUAUCAAGCAUGUGCAUACAUUGAUAUGAAUUUUACUACCAAUAUAAUAUGAUACAACUUUGAUGUGAAUGUUUUAAAAUCAAAUUGUGUUGUUUUUUUUAAAUACUUUUUUGAUACCAUCUCCAGACACUGAUAAAGAAGUGAUUACAGCUGACCUGAAAGUGGUGCUUUUUAAUCAAUUUAUCAAGCACAGUCUUUAAUAAUAACCUACCUAUUUCAUACAUAGACAAAGAUAAUGAUCUCUGGGAAUAUCCGGUUUUAGAUUUAUUUCUACAAAUAUCCACAGUUCUAAUCUGCACAAACUAGAAAUCCUUUACAUAGUAAUAAUAAUCAUACUUGGUUUUAGAUAUUUAUAUAUAAAGAGAGAGAGUGUAUUGUAUAUGUAGAGUUUACAUAUGCUAAUUAGUUUGGAAAUAAAAACUAGAAGCUGAAGAAAGGAAGUAAAUAUGAGUUUGAUCCCUUACAGUCUGCCUGGGUGUGGCUCCAGCACAGGUGAACACGGUAAACACCGUCAGCCAAAGCUGCUGUAAAAUACCCAGGAAUUUUGAGCUUUUAUUACAAAUUAAAAGUCAUACAUCCAAUUGAGUUAGAGGCAAAUUGAUGUUUUGGUUUUUUCUAGGUUCAUAAACAUAUUUUACCUCUUGCAUGAGAGGCGUCUUUGGAGGUGGUCCUGAGAGUCUUUACUGCUUUCCAUUUAUCUCAAAAGUUGGAUGUCAGAGCUGGGAUUUGCAUCACUCCCGAGUUGAGCGUGUUCCAGUAGUAAAGUCGGAAAAAAACGGGAUUUGUGAUCAACGCAUUCAUUCUGAGUUGGAAAUCCGACUUUAGGAGAAAUUCCAUUUUCCAACUUUAGCUUGAACAUAAUAUCUAACCUACCCUGCCAUCGGAGGUGUUGGUAGGGUAACAUGAACCAAGAUGUGAAUCAAGAUGUGGUUCAUUGGGGUCACAAGUGUGUCAAGGUGUGAGUGGCCCAGGUGAACUUAAUAAAUUGCGUAAUGGGAGGGUGGGUCAACAACUCUCACGACUAUCUCCAAGGUGAUGACCUCGCUAGGGGCACACUGCUGCCCAUCCCACCAUGGUUGAGUAGCCUAACCCACGUUAUUAAUCAUUUACAGCCUGUAUACAGUCAAAUAAAAUUACAAUUAAACUGGUUAUUCAGGGUUAUCACUCAUGUACCAGUUAGGAAAAGUUUUAAUUGUUAUCAAAAUAAAUUAAAAACUUGGAAUUUCUUAGCAUUUACUCAAAGCUACAUUAUAGUGUGUUGUACAUAAUUUUAGCAAUUUAUACACUCAUCAAUCACAUUACAACCUCCUGUCUAAUCAUGUGUAGGACCUCCUUCUGCUGCCAAAACAGGUCUGACUCAUCAGGGUAUUGACACGGGACCUUUUGGGAUGUCUUGUGUUGUCUGGCAUCAGAACAUUGGCAGCAAAUCCUUUAGAUCCUGUCGGUUGCAGGUUGGAGGUGCCUCGUUACAACACACCCCACAAAGGUCCUGUCGGGGUCUUGAGCUCUUCGUUGUGUUCCUGUAAUUAGUUUUUGUUGAGUUGUAGGGUGCAUUGUUCAGCUGGGAGAGGCUCCUGGCAAUAGUGGGUUGUGAAGGCCAGAGUCCAAUAUUUCCCAGCAGUACACUGAAUUAUAACAAGAUGAUCAGUAUUAUUCGCUUCACCUGUUAGCAGUUUUUAAUGUCGUGGCUGAUAGGUGUACAUAUCAGUGCUAAAUAUGGAGGUUAAAAUGAAGCAUUACCAAAUGAGAAUAUUUAGAAACCUUCUCCAGGCAAAAGCUUAGUGUUAUCGCUUUUAGAACGGCUUUUUAAUAUUGAAACCGCUUACACCGAAAUACUUGCGUGGAAUAUCAACAGCAUUUAUAUCGUGCAUAAAUCCAUAUUUCUAUUCGAAAUUAGGAAUGUGGGUGUUAAGCUAUAACCACUUAAUUCAUCAGGAUUCAGAACGAAUCGUCUAAAAACGUUGAUGGGUGCCAUCUGUUUCAUCUCAUCUGUACGGCAGCUGUAAAAUAAACAGUCCCGUUACCCAAAGAAGCUGCAAGCCUACCCCACAUUUCCCAGUGUUAAUAGUGAUAGUGGAAAACGUAAUAAUAUUUAGACUGCAUUUCAGAAGGUAUUUCUCUAUUUCUCUUGACAGCCAUAGUGGCACUUGUUUUUCCUGAGCUGCUACUGUUCAUUUGUAAUCCUGUCUGCUUCCCCCAGUUCAUAAAAAUGUUUACAUUGAGAAUGUCUCCUGCUGGUGGUGCUUAAAGCUUCCUUUAUUGCUUCCCGAAUGUAAAUCUAUACUUCAGACUGGAGCCACAAUCAGACUGCAGUCAAAACCCCCCUUUUUUUCUUGAACAUGUAAUCUUUUCUUGACCAUGUGAAAAUUAAUUGUAAUUUGCUGCAGUUUAGCAAAUAUCAUGCUAUAAAUCUGAUAUACAGUAAUGUGUAAACUGUCAGAGUAAUGGAUUUACUUUGUGCUCAGAGCAGCAAAGGCUGAGGAGACGAUGUUUCACAUGAGCUCCAACCACCUUUACUCUAUGUUUGACAUUAAUAAUUCAUCUUUGAAGUUGUACUACAAUGUUAUAUAUCUCAAAACAGCUACUGUUGUGUCCAAAUUGUGUAUAGUGUUUUUGUAUAUAAAGAGUUAAACA